AUGCCGCCAAAGAGACAUCCAGCAGCCCGUGAAGCCCCAGUAGAGGAGGUGAAUAGACGUGAUGAAAUCGCACAGCUGCGUCAACAAGUGGAGUUGUUGACCAAACAAAUUGCUGCACUCGCGCCACAGCAACAUGUGCCUGUGGCCCAACCACUUGAGGAUUUCGAGGAUGAAAAUCUGUUUGCGCAUCUUGAUCAUCCAAUAGAUCUACCAGUGACUUCAGUGGAGGAGGUUCUGAAAUUUAAGGAGAUUUCUAUUGGAAAAUGUGUGCCUCUCAUUGCAACGAAAUUUUGUAGACGAGCAGCGGCGUGGUGGCAACAGACAAAAGUGACAAGAUUCCGAUUAGGGAAGGUAAAGAUUGCAUCUUGGGAUAAACUAAAGAAGCACAUGAAGAAGCAGUUUCUACCCUAUAACCAUGUUCGGACCAUGUAUCAGAAAUUGCAGAAUUUGCGUCAAGGCAUGAAGGCGGUUGAUGACUAUACAACGAAAUUUUACAUGUUGAUUACUAGGAAUGAAGUGAUGGAAACGGAGGAACAAUUGGUGUCACGAUAUGUAGGUGGUCUUCGCCCCCAAAUACAGGACACACUGAACAUGUUUGAUCCUGUGACAAUUUCUGAGACACAUCAAAGAGCUAUACAGAUAGAGAAACAGCAGUCCAGAUGGAAUACAUGGACUUUCCUCGUAAGGGGUUCUUCCUGUAACCCACAGCAGCAGGCAACACGUCCUGGUAAUCUUAGCCAGGCUGGUUCUUCUAUGACAAAUCAUGUGCAGCCGUCAACACGUCCUGGGGGUGGUACCCAUUGCUUCGCUUGCGAAGGUGUGGGUCAUAGGCAAGCUGAGUGUCCAAAAAACUCGCGUAGAGGGCUCUUUGUUGAUGAUGAGUAUGGAGAUUAUGAGGGGGCAACCGUAUUUGAUAAUGGAGAUGAUGAGGAAGCAGCAAAAGAGGAGGAGUUAGUUGUUGGUGGCGUGGGGCAAGCAUUGAUGGUGAGGCGAAGUUUUUUAACUCCCCUAGACAACAAGAGUGACUGGUUGCGUAAUAACACCUUCCAGUCCACGUGUACUGUUAGGGGACGAAUCUGCAAGUUUGUUAUUGACUCUAGGAGUUGUGAGAAUGUGGUUGCUGAGGAGGUCGUUAAGAAGCUAGGUCCGCAGAUUGAGAAACAUCCCAAACCGUAUAAGUUGGCUUGGUUGAAGAGGGGUAGUAAUGCAGAGGUAUCCCAGCGUGCUCUAGUUAGCUUUUCCAUUAGGCCUACCUAUAAAGAUCAAGUUUUGUGUGAUGUGGUUGAGAUGGAUGCAUGCCAUUUGUUAUUAGAGAGGUCCUGGCAGUUUGACCGACACCCGCUGCAUGACGGGUACACCAACACGUACUGUUUUCUGUUUGAGGGAAAGAAAAUUGUGUUACUACCCGACAAGAGCCCAGUAAAAGCAGUUGGGGACAGUACCAACUUGUUAACCAGAGCAAAAUCUGAGACAGAGAUGGCAAAAUCUGGUGUAGUAAUUCAUCCACUGUUAGAAGAGUUUCAGAAGGUUUUCCUAGAUGAGCUUCUAGAGGGACUACCACCAUUGCGAGAUAUUCAGCAUCAGAUUGAUUUAGUACCUGAUGCUACUCUACCUAACCGGGCACAUUACAGAAUGAGUCCUACUGGACAAGAGGAGUUACGCAGACAAGUGGAGGAGCUUUUUGCGAAGGGGCACAUUAGAGAAAGUCUUAGUCCUUGUGUUGUUCUUUCUCUCCUUACGCCAAAAAAGGAUGGCACGUGGCGUAUGUGCGUGGACAGUAGGGCGAUUAAUAAGAUUACGGUCCAUUAUCUUUUUCCUAUUCCUCGCUUGGAUGAUUUGCUAGAUCAGCUUACCAGUGCUUGUGUGUUCAGUAAGCUGGAUUUGAAGAGUGGGUCCCAUCAGAUUCGUAUUAGACCUGGGGAUUAG